AUGCACAGUAUGUCCAGGCGUAAGGUUGCAAUAAUAACAGGAGGCAACAGUGGAAUAGGAUAUGCUCUUGCUGAAAGGCUCCUGGCAGAUCAUGACAACAUAAGACUGUGCCUUGCUUGUAGAAGUAGAGAAAGAGCAGAAAAGGCAGCAGCUAAAUUGCAGAAACUGAGUGCAGAUGCAGAAAUUAGCAUAGUUAUCUUGGACACAUCAAAUGUUCAGUCAGUAUACUCAGCAGCUAGAGAUAUUGAGCAAAGAUAUGACCAUAUAGACUGGUUGUACCUCAAUGCUGGAAUGCUAAAAGUCAAGGGAGUAGACUGGAGUAAUUUCUGGGAGGGCUUGUUCUCCAAACGAGUACUUUUUAUGUUCACAACUGGAGAAGGACUUCUCAUACAAGAAGAUGGUGUCACUGAUGAUGGGCUCCAGAAAGUAUUUCAGACCAAUGUUUUUGGACAUUAUGUUCUGAUUAAAGAACUGGAGGCUAAACUGGGAAACAUGUCCGGCAACGGUGAAGCUGUGUCCCAGUUGAUUUGGACAUCAUCUUCUGCUUCCCUUGAGUAUAAUUUUGACAUUGAGGAUUUCCAGCACAAGAAAGGCAAAGACCCCUACAGCUCAUCCAAGUAUGCAACAGAUGUUCUUAGUGUCGGUCUUAACAACAGAAUGAACAAACAGAAUGUUUACUCACACGUGAUGUGUCCUGGACUGGUGAUGUCAAACUUGACCUACGAAAUCCUACCUCAGUGGUUUUGGGUUCUGGUGUUACCUUUUCUUUGGCUUAUGCGCCUCUGUGUUCCUACUAUGACCAAUUCUGCUUCUAAUGGUUCAGAGGCUCUGGUUUGGUUAUCGCAUCAGGACCCAAGUCAGCUAGAUCCACAAAGCAAGUUCCAAAGUUCAGUCACUGCCUGUGGGAAACCUUAUGUUGAGACCACAAAGAUGAACAUAGACCAUAACAAAGUGGAGACUUUGAUGCAGAAACUAGACAGUCUGGAUGCAGAUCUAAGAAAGAAGUAUAAGAACGCAUAA